AUGCUCGCAGGCGCGGAGAAGAUCCGCACGUCUCAGAAGGCUGUCGACAGCCUCGCAGCGCGGACGGGUAUCCACAGUGAACAGAUCGCGGCAGCGCUGCAGCGCAUGCAGGGACACGUGCGCGGCCGUCUAGAAGAUGGCCGCGGACGCAGCCUCGUGCUCGGGCACCGCCGCGGCGGCCACAGCUUCCCUGCCGCGAUCGUGAUGCGGAGGACGAUGCCUGGUGCGGAGCACGCCUUUCUCGUCGUCUGGCAGAUCGACCUCUCACAGAGCGUCACUGUGGGGGAGGUCCUGCGGGACGCCCUCGCGGGGGACCACUCAUCCUUGCUGCAGAAGCACGAGGGCAUCGUGGCGGCCCACGAGCGCCUCCUGGAGCGCGAGAGCGCCGUCCAGACAGUGCGCGAGCCACGGAAGAGGUGCUGA